AUGGACAUGGACCCCCCUCAUGGACCCCCUUCUUUGUGCCCCCCCAGUGGUUACCACCGCCUGAAGGAAGGCGCCGUCCCCACCCUCUUCAACCUGGUGACCCCCCGGCCCCACCGGCUGAAGCCCCCCCCGGCUGCUGACCCCCUGAAGCCUCUCAAGGGCACCCGGAGGUGGAGGCUUGAAGCCAGGUUGUCCCGAUUGGAUCCCUCUGCGUCCCGAUUGGAGCCCUCUGCGUCCCCAUUGGAUCCCUCUGCGUCCCCUUUGGAUCCCUCUGCGUCCCCAUUGGAUCCCUCUGCGUCCCCUUUGGAUCCCUCUGCGUCCCGAUUGGAUCCCUCUGCAUCCCCAUUGGAUCCCUCUGCGUCCCCAUUGGAUCCCUCUGCGUCCCCUUUGGAUCCCUCUGCGUCCCCAUUGGAUCCCUCUGCGUCCCCAUUGGAGCCCUCUGCAUCCCCAUUGGAUCCCUCUGCGUCCCCAUUGGAUCCCUCUGCUCCCAAAUUGGAGCCGUCUGCUUCCCAAUUGGAUCCUCCUUCUUCCCACCUGAACCCAUCCUCAUCCCAACUGGAUCCCUCUUCCCAUCAAAACCCCUCUUCUUCGCAUCGAAACCCCUCUUCCCAACUGACCCCAUCCUCAUCCCAACUGAACCCUUCCCAACUGGACCCUUCUUCUUCCAACCUAAACCCAUCCUCAUCCCAACUGGAUCCCUCUUCCCAUCAAAACCCCUCUUCUUCGCAUCGAAACCCCUCUUCCCAACUGACCCCAUCCUCAUCCCAACUGAACCCUUCCCAACUGGAUCCCUCUUCCUCCCACCUGAACCCAUCCUCAUCCCAACUGGAUCCCUCUUCCUCCCACCUGAACCCAUCCUCAUCCCAACUGGAUCCCUCUUCCUCCCAUCCGACCCCACCCUCAUCCCAACUGAUCUCAUCCCAACUGGAUCCCUCUUCCUCCCACCUGACCCCAGCCUCAUCCCACCCUGACCCCACCUCCUCUUCCCACCCCCCCCCCCCCGAGGGCUCGGCUCCGGCCGGCGACCACGGCGCCGUCGCGGCUCUUCCCGGCUCCUCGGAAGCGCGGGGUCCCAACCCCAAACCCCCCCCGGAGGCUCCGGGCUCCGGCCCCGUGCCUCCAUCCCCAUCCCUCUACGUGCUCCGCUUGCCCCCGCGCCUCGGGGCCUACAUCCAGAGCGAGCACAGCUACCAGGUGGGCAACGCUUUGCUCUGGAAGCGCCGCGCCGAGGCGGCCCUGGAGGCGCUGGGGAAAGCCCAACGGCAGCUCCAGGCCUGCAAAAGGAGGGAGCAACGGCUCCGGCUCCGCGUCGGCGAGCUCCAACGGGAGCGCCGUUGGGAUGCCAGGGAAGCGGCGGUGAAGCGGGAGGAUGGGGAUGGGGGGCAGUGAUGGGGC